UCAGCUGACGGCGGCGGCGGUCCCGUCAUGGCCGCCCGGAGCGGCGCGGCUGAGGUGCUGGUCCUGCUUCUCCUCUGGUUUGCGGCCCUGGAGGGAGCAGCGGGCUCGGAGCCGCCGCUCAAAUGCGAGGAGCUGCGGCUGGGGCAAUAUAUGUGUGAUGAGCCUAAAAUAGACAAUAGCACACAAGAACCAAUGAAUUGCACAAAUCACACAGCAUAUGUUCAAUGUCUUCCAGCACCAAAUAUUACUUGCAAAGAUCACCUUGGCAUAGAGAAAGUCUUCACGGGACAUGAAGUUGGAUUUUACAAGCCCAUUGAGUGUCGCAAUGUAAAUGGAUACUCCUACAAAGUGGCAGUUGCUCUGUCCUUAUUUCUUGGAUGGCUGGGAGCAGAUAGAUUUUAUCUAGGAUAUCCUGCAUUAGGUUUGUUAAAGUUCUGCACUGUAGGGUUUUGUGGAAUUGGGAGCCUAAUUGAUUUCAUACUUAUUUCAAUGCAGAUCGUUGGCCCUUCCGACGGCUCCAGUUACAUCAUCGAUUAUUACGGGGCCAGGCUGACCCGGCUCACCAUCACCAAUGCAACCUUCAGGAAAAUGCAGACCUAUCCCUAAUAUCCCUAACUCUGCCAGGGAGUGGCACAAAUCCAUAGGUGCAGCUUGUUUUUACAGCUGGAUCCAGUGGUCCUCUGGAAUUGCUGAGGAUUUACUGAUCAGCCCUCGUCAGGAUGGAACAUUAAACGCUCGGUGAACAAAGAUGAUAAAAUGUGAAAGUUCCUCACAUGAACAAGUUUACCUCAAAAGGUGGAACUUUGGGACUGCUCUGUUGCUGGGAGCAGACAGUUUGUUGUUCAGUUAUAUCUGUGUGCAGACUGUCACAGUUUGCACUGAUGUAAUUUAGAACGUUACAGAGAGCUGCAGAGAGAGUUGUUCCUAAUAAAUAUGCUAAUAAAUAUAUAUUUAUUCCAUUGAAAUUGGUAAGAGUUUUAGCAUGGAUGGGCCAGGAUUACACCUGGGGGUCUGUUCAUGUGACAGUUUGGAAAUUAAAUAUCCCCAACCACACAAAUUGCCUUUUUUUCCAUCUUGUUAAGACCCAAAGAGCCCUGAAUCUUAUGCUGGUUUGAAAUGCUGUUAAUUGAAACAAUUAUUUCUUUACAUUUUGGCCAAGUUGCAAAAUUUGGCCAAGUGCUGAUGAACAGUAGAAAUAUGGAUGCAUAAAAAAUAGAACUGUAGAAGACACAUCACAAAAAAGCAGGGUGGAUGUUGGGGUGCCCUGAGGUUAGAAAAGGAAAUUAUUGUUCUGCUGAUUUUGAAUUUUUCUUUCCUCUCUUACAACCAUCCAUAGUGAAGUAAAUACCCUUUUUUUCCUGAAAA